AUGAAUGAUUUGUUACAAAAACAUGGAUGUGCCAACGUAUUCUCUGUUCCUGAAGGAUUGAAAGAACUUAUGUCCGAUGUAACACGAGAAGUGUUGCGUGAACAGCCUCCAAAAAUUUACGAUUUUAUUUCCAAUUAUCUAUCCGUACUACUCAUAACACGAGAACAUGGAAUAAUGGCUGUAAAGAUCAUGGAUGAUCUCUGCGAUUGCAGACCCUCAGUGUCAGAGCACUUGAUACAAUUGGGACUACAGAUAGGAGAAUCGCAAAUUUUAUCUGAAAUAAUCAAGGAAGAAAUUGAAGGAUUCCAGCCGAGUGAGGGAAAAGAAACAAUAAAAGAAUAUGAUAUAAUUAAGAAGAUUCUUAAAAAAAUUCCAUUAGAUGAAGUAAUGGCGGCCAAAGUGUGUCAAGUCGCAAGGAACGCGUUUCGAGACUACUGGUAUAGGAGGCAGACUAUGGAAAAGCUUAAAAUUAAGCCGAAAGAACCAUGGGAAGUCGCUGCACAAAGAACACUAGAAUUAUACAAAAGAACCAAGCCAUCUCCGAGUGAACUGGCCAGGGCCACUGAGAAAAUACAGGCCGCUUAUAGAGGAUACUACGUUCGUCGAAAUCUCCUUCGUCAUUUACGACCUAAAUCUAAGAAGAAGAGUCCGAAGGUAAACUUGCCAGGACCCCCGCUCGAUGUUGCAGCGUCAAGAGAAAUUGACUUAGGACCAUUGAUUAAUAUAAAAGUUCGAGAGGACAACAUCAAUGCAAUGUUUAAUGAACACGUAACUGAAAAACUCGGACUGCAGUAUGAUCCAAUGAGAGCGUUAACACUUGUCCCCGAUGAAGAAUAUAUAGAAGAAACAGAUUUUCCAGUACCAAGGGAUAGGCUGUCAAGAGCUUCGGAAACACAAUCGCAGAUUCCAAUGACGUCGAGUUUUAUUGGCUCUCAUCGCAGUCGAGCACCAAGCGCUGUUCCAAGUCAACAAUCUGAUGGAAAACGCCAGAGUCGCUUACCGAGCCAAGCAGAUGCUCAUCGUAGCCACGUAGGAAGUAAAGUUGACGCAACUGAAACGAUUCAAAAAAUUUCAUUCUCAGAUGUACCACCCGAGGUAUUUUCAGAUGACCUGGCCGUUUUAGAAGGUGAUGUUGAAAUCAAGGAAGUAUUAGCGCCGGAGUCUGAACCCAUUGAAACUGAAGUAUUGGAAGCUGAUGUUCCAGAAGAUAUACCAGAUGAUCGUAUUGAAGAUACUGAAGGUGAUGAAAGUGCACCAAUUGAAACCAUUCCAUCAUCAGCCCCUGAAACUGCUAACACGACUGAUAUUGAAGACGAAGCCGCAGAAGAACUUAUCGUUACCGAAGAGGAAGAAGGUUAAAUGAUGAAGAGUAAAUAUUGAAAAAAAAAUUAAUUUUUAUUGUUUUAUAAAAUUUUCUAUUAUAAAGCAUU